CCAAGCUAAGAGGCUUCAGGCAUCACAUCAUCCUUUGUCGAGCUAAGGGUCAGCUAUGUUUCUAGAAUAUUACCCUAGGAACUUCCUAAUAACAAACUAUUUCAGAUAGCAUAAAAGAGGAGAGGUUAUUUAUUUUUUUCUGGGGAGGAAGAGUCCCCGUUGUCAUGGACAACUCAGAGAGCGGUUGGUGGAUUAUAGUUGAGCUUGCAUGCAGGAUUCUUGGCAUUUCUACAGCCACAGUGUUGUGUGCUGUAGGAGUGGAGACGCUACAACAGGGAGACUUCAACAGCCUUGGCAUCUACCUGCUAGUGUCCUCUGUUGGCAUCAUGAUAUUUGAGUUGGCCUAUUUCCUGGAUGCACUUUUGCUCAUGUGCCUGCCCUGUCCUCCAGACUGUCAGCUCUUUACAUUAUGGGGGAAGAUGGCUCAGGUUGGAGGCUUUCAUAAGUUCCUCUAUUAUUCCAUAAUGUCUGUGGUUUGUUUCCUGCAUCCUGUGUUGGUGUGGCAUGCAAUUAUUCCAGGGACCAUGCUUCUAGUGACUGCCUUGUUCAACUUCAUACUCAGCAAGAAAACAAAGACCGAAUCAUCUAAAAGAUCGCAGGAGAGUUACAGCAGCCAAGGCCCCACCACGGGGUAUGUGACAGAGGGGGUCGCCUCGGACAACACGCUCUCCUUCCUCCACAUGGUGACGGGAAAAAGAGUUGCCCUAGCAACCAGGGAUGAGUGCAACGGCCUGGCCGAGAUGGGGGGAGACAGCUUUCGGGCCAUGCUGGAGCUGGAGAACACACCAAAAGAUAGGAAGAGCAAGGAGAGGAGACCCACGUGGAUGAGAGGUCGGAAGGAGGUGGUGGAGCGAGAGAUGGAGGAAAUGAUUGAGUUUGGGGAUUCAGAACCAGAAACUACCUCAGACACUGCACCUAUGAUCACUUGAUUGAUGCUUUUUCUGCACUCCAUACACAUGUCACAGCAAACCGUUGAGUACUGUACUGUAAUUGAAA